GCUGAUUGUGGACCAGCUGAGCAUGAGGAUGCUGUCCUCUUGCUGCAAGAUGACAGACAUCAUGUCAGAUGGCAUCACCAGUAAGCACUUUGCUCUGUUUUUGAAUCUCAUCAGCCUCCAUUGUUAUACUGCACUGCAGCAAAUAUACUGUAUAUAAUGACCAGAUUGUCUCCACCUUAAUGGGAGUUGUUGUUCCAAAGGCGGGAAGGCAGGCAGUCUGCUUAUCGGUCUGCUAAUCGGUCUACUUAUUGUGGACAGAUUGUGAUGAGAGUGAACCCUCUCGCUUCGCCUCUUCAUCUCUGACUGUAGCUACCAUUUGGCAAGCAUGACUCAGCCAUCAGAAAACAUGAUAUAACCACAUCUCUCCCUCUGUCUCCCUUCUGUUUCUGUUUCUGUUUCUGUUUCUGCUCUCUCUUUUUCUCCCCCUCUUUUUCUCCCCCUCUUUCUCUCUCUCUCUAGUUGUGGAGGACAUAAACAAGCGGCGAGAGCCUCUUCCCACCCUGGAGGCCAUUUACCUGAUUACCCCCACUGACAAGGUACACACACACACACACACACACACACACACACACACACGCACACACACACACCUCACUAUCAUGUGUCCUUCUCUUUCUAGUCUGUGCAGACCCUGAUUGGAGACUUCAAAGACCCCCAUUCAGCCAAAUACAAAGCAGCCCACGUCUUCUUCACUGACUGUGAGUAGAUACCUGAGAAGCCUCUCCACUACACCUUGAGUGCUCUGCAGAUUCACUACACAGCUCAUUGAAUGCAACCACAGCCAAUAAUUCUUAGUGGAGAGGGAUGUGAUGUUGGUAAAAUGAUUUCAUGGAAGGAAUCAUGUGUAACCAAAGAAAACACUUUUUUUCACCGUUCAGUUUAUUACAAAACUAGAGUUGAUCUAGACAUCCAAAAUAGAAAAUCGCUCCGAAUUUCACCAACAUCAUCCUAUGAAACAAGAGUUUUCAAUAUACAGGCCCAUAUUUUAAUACAAUGUAGUAAAUGCCAUUUGGCAGAUGCGCUUAUCCAAAGCCUCUUACAGUAAUGUGUGCAUACAUUUACAUAUGGGUGGCCCCAGUGGGAAUCGAACCCCCAAUCCUGAUGUUGCAAGUGCCAUGCUCUACCAAAUGAGCCACACAGAAGCAGCACAGACACUCAUAUCAACCUCUCCCUGUUUCAGCCUGCCCCGACCCACUGUUCAACGAGUUAGUGAAGAGCCGUGCCUCCAAAUCCAUCAAGACCCUGACCGAGAUCAACAUCGCCUUCCUGCCCUAUGAAUCACAGGUACCAAACAGAGGGAGGGAGAGAAACAGAGGGAGGGAGACAGAGAGAUAUUGAGAUGGAGGGAGAUUGAUCAAUCCAGAAAGAGCCAGGCACAGAAAAUCAAAUCAGAUUUUAUUUGUCACAUGCUUCGUAAAGAACAGGUGUAGACUAAUAGUGAAAUGUUUACUUAUGGGCCCUUCCCAACAAUGCAGAAUUUAAAUAGUAUAAAAAAUACAACCACAAGAUACAGAGAUAGAGUGAUCCUAGAAUAGCCAGAGAGAUCGAUUGAGAUGGAGAAAGGUAGGAGGGAGAGAGAGAUUGUGAAAUGCUGAAGGUGAGGAGAGAGGGUCGGAAAGAGGUGGAGACAGACAGAAAUAGGUAUGGAGGGAUAUCAGCGAAGUUACAUAUUGGGACAUUAUUUUUUAUGAUAUGUCGUAUCGUUUUGACAAUAUCACAAUAUUACUUUAGUGCUACUUGACUGUACCUGCACCAAAAUGCCAGUAUCUUUCUUUCAUUGGUUGUUCUAUAUCUUCUUUUUAAAUAGGGAGCCAAUUUGUUUUCAGCACUUUUAUUUCCAUGACUGAUCAAAAACUCUUCACAUGGCUCUCUCUUGUCCUUCUGCAGCAGACAUAUGGUGAACAAUAUGUUUGUAACGUCAAAUUGCAAUGAAAUCACAGUAUCACAAAUCUCACAAAUUCUCACAUCGUGAGAAUGCCAAUACAUAUAGUAUCGGCACCUAAGUAUCGUGAUAAUAUCGUAUCGUGAGCUCCCUGGCAAUUCCCAGCCCUAAUAGAUAGAUGGAUAGAGAGCAAGGAAAGGACACAUGGAUACAAAGAAAAGGGAGAGAGGCAGAAUGAAAACAAAAAAGAGAGGGAGAGAGAAGAUAGAAAGACAAAUCCAGCCAGCUAGGUACCUAUAUCCCCAGGGCCAUGGCAGCUUUGCCACCACAGUAGGCUGACGGAGGCUGCACCCUAAAUGGCACACUAUUCCCUUUAUAGUGCACUACUUUUGACCAGGGCCCACUAUAUCGGGAAUAGGGUGCCAUUUGGGACGCAGACUGACUGUGUGAGUCACCAGUGACCUGAGGACUGUUUACUGAUAGACUGCUCCAGAACUACUCAUAGCUCUCUGGCUGACUGACGAUGCUGCCUGUCCGGCCCACAAUGCUUUGCUCAUCCUGUCUCGGAUGAUUAUUUCAGAGCCAUAGGUUUUUGCUCCUGGCGAAAUGCUGCCUCACAAGCCCACCUACAGACCCCACCUCAUUGGCUCCCUCUGCCUCCACACACCAUAUGGCAGCCAAUAGGAGCGGGGUGAUGAGAGGGACCCAUAUGCACAGCAGAAGGGUGGUCAUGUGACCUUGGGCAGUUGGGGCCGCGGGGGGGGGGGGGGGGGGGGGGGGGGGGGAUGGUAGAGUAAUGGCAAAGGAGAGAAGAGAGGAAGGACAGAAGAGAGGAGUUACAGUGAGAGAGGAGAUACAGUGAGAGAGGAGAUACAGUGAGAGAGACAGACAGUGAAUGUGAUGAAGGGUGGGGGGAUGAGAGGAGAAGAGAGGACUGCAGCAGAGACAAAGGCAGGAAGGAAAGGCCACAGUCAAGGCACUGUCACUGAAUAUCAGCUCAUACACACAUACAUGCUAGGAGGCCUGAGUUUGCCCUCAGAAAGACCCAGAGCAGGCCAGUAGUACAAAACAGGAAACCUAGAUAGAAAAUACUCUGUUGUUGCUAUCAAAUGAUUACACCAUCACCAUCCUUAGAACAUAAUAUACUGUGAAACUGUGGAUCUACAUGGUAUAGAACUAAGCCUUGUAGAAAAAUUAUAACACCCACACACACAUACAUUUUACCUCUGCACAUUUAUUGUGGUCGACAUUUCGGUAUGAUACACCUUUCAAGACAAAGUUAGAUGUAUUUAUUUUUCUACAAUGUUGAUUUUUAGGGCAGUAACUCCCAGUACCACAACUGUGAGAAGCUUGGUAGUGUGCAUAAUAAAUAGCUUCUAUAAAACUGAGCUAAUCAACAAUGCAGUUGGCUAGAGAAUGAUGCUCUUUUCCCUGUCAAUGUCUGCUCUGCUUACAUAAAGCACUAUACAAAUAACAUUUGAUUGAUCCAAUUUGAUUGUGUGUGUGUGUGCAGGUGUACUCUUUGGACAACCCGGAUGCCUUCCAGAGUUUCUACAGCCCCCAUAAGACCCAGCUGAAGAACCCAGUGAUGGAGAGGCUGGCAGACCAGCUGGCCACCCUGUGUGCCACUCUGAAGGAGUACCCCGCUGUCAGAUAUCGAGGGUGAGCCACAGGGGGUCGCCACUGAGACAAUAGGGACAGUAGGGACACAAAUGUCACCCUAUUCCUAUAUAGUGUGGCACUGGUCAAAAGUAGUACACUAUGUAGAUGAUAGGGUGCCAUUUGGGAGGUAACCUCUCAUUGACAGGAGGGAGGUGGGGCUAAUAUUCUCAGUAAAUGGGAUAGAAACAUAAUGUUAGAUCCCAUCCUUAUGAAUUCUUGGGCAGACUCAGUAACUAUAUUCUCUCACUCUACUGUUAAACUCAUCUGUCUCUGUCUAUCUGUCCUCUUUCUCUGUAUGUCUGUCUGUCUGUCUGUCUGUCUGUCUGUCUGUCUGUCUGUCUGUCUGUCUGUCUGUCUGUCUGUCUGUCACUCUCUAUCAGGGAGUACAAAGACAAUGCCACCCUGGCCCAGCUGUUGCAGGACAAACUGGAUGCCUACAAGGCUGAUGACCCCACCAUGGGAGAGGUGAGGGAGGGAUGGAACGAGGGAAAGAGGGGAGAGUGCUCAUUAGAUAACAAAGUGAGAGGCAGAAGGAAAUGUUUUAGCAGUGAAAAUAUGAAAACAUAGAAGAAGAUACUAAACUGAAAUGUACUGUUAUCGUGUGCUACUUAAACAAGCACCAUGCUACAAAAGAUCACACCUUGCACUCACCGUGGCACUUUGUAAGUGUCUUUCAAUUACUACUUACUAUUAUUAUUAUUUAUACUACAUACAUCUUUCAUAUAGGAGCUAUCAGGACACAGAGUGAAUCUGCACCUAUCUCCUCUACCCCUCCUCUCCUCCGUCUCUCCAUCCCUCCAUCUCUCCAUCCUACUCUCUCUGCAGGGUCCUGAUAAGGCUCGUUCUCAGCUGAUCAUCCUGGACAGGGCUUUUGACCCCGUCUCCCCCGUCCUGCAUGAGCUCACCUUCCAGGCCAUGGGCUACGACCUGCUGCCCAUAGAAAACGACGUCUACAGGUACGUGUGUGUGUUUGUGUAACUACUGUAAAUAGAAGAACAUAAUCAGUUCAGGGAGGGCUGCUGUAGCGCGCACAAAACGUUCACUACGAGGUAAUCAUCUGUGGUAUUUUAGAUCACUAGAGACUUUGAUCAGAGGACCUUUCACAUCCACACACAUUCAGGACUCAAUCAUCUGUGCCAGGUUUGAAGAAUAGCUUUGGAAUCUAACCUGCAUUCUUGGUUUUGUGUUGAAAUACUUGGCUGUGCUGUAAAUCCUAUGUGCUGGAGUUUCUGUAGUGUAGAAAAGUAACACAUAAUGUUGUUGCAGAUGUAAUGUGAAGUUGAUUACAGUAAAUAUACAUGGAGUGCUUUUGCCUGUUUUUAUGUAUGGACCCAAUUGAUCUUUAUCUCUCCCCCUGUCUAUCUGUCUGACUGUCCAUUCAUGUCUGUCUGUCUGUCUGUCUGUCUGUCUGUCUGUCUGUCUGUCUGUCUGUCUGUCUGUCUGUCUGUCUGUCUGUCUGUCUGUCUGUCUGUCUGUCUGUCUGUCUGUCUGUGCAUCAGAUAUGAUUCCCCUGGGAUGGGAGACACUUCUCAGAAGGAGGUCCUGCUGCAUGAGGAUGAUGACCUGUGGGUGGGGCUCAGACACAAACAUAUCGCUGAGGUGUCCACGUAAGUCACACACCUGUUUAUCUCUCUCUCUCUCUCUCUCUCUCUCUCUCUCUCUCUGUGUCUCUGUCUCUGUCUCUGUCUCUCUCGUCCAUGUCACUGCCACUGGUUGAUACGGACUCAAUAAAGUCAUAACAAAGUUGAGCUCUACUACUUACUAGUUCUCUUAUGCUAUCUAUCUUCUCUAACUGCCAUCAGGGAGGUGACACGCCAACUGAAGGACUUUUCUGCUAGCAAGAGGAUGAACACUGCUGGAGAGAAGGUAUGGAGGGAGAGAUGCUUUCAGAAAGCCUCGCUGUCUGGUAAUGCUCUUUGUCAGUACGUUUCUAUGGCUGAGUGGAGAGAGAACGUGACCAUGUUGUGCGUUCCAACAGACCACCAUGAGGGACCUCUCUCAGAUGCUGAAGAAGAUGCCCCAGUACCAGAAGGAGCUGAGCAAGGUUAGAGUGUGUGUGCGUGUGUGUGUGUGUGUAUGUGUGUGCAUGUGACGUGUGUGUGUGUGUGUAUACUGACCCUGUCUCUCUGUGUGUCUCAGUACUCCACUCACCUGCAGCUGGCUGAGGACUGCAUGAAGCACUACCAGGGCACAGUGGACAAGUUGUGUCGUGUGGAGCAGGUAAAGGAGAGGAGCAAAGGAGGAGGGAGGGAGGGAGGGGAGAGGAUGAGAGAAGCAACUCAUUCUAGGGCACUAUAACCAACUCAGUGGUUAGUGUCCGCCCUGAUGUUGGGAGUUCGAUCCCCAACCAAGUCAUACCAAAGACUGUAAAAAAUAGGAUCCGAUGCGUCCUCUGCUUGGCACUCAGCAUUAAGGAGAUAGAUUGGGGGUAAGGCCCUGCAAUAGACUAGUGUCCUGUACAGGGAGUGUACUUGCACAUCAAGUUGCCUCACGCUACAGAAACAGGAGAUAGGUUCCUGCUCCUAUAAGACAUUCUGACUCUACUUACUUACUUACUUACUUAUAUAGGGCACUAUAUAGGGAAUAGGGUGCUAUUUAAGAUGUAUCACUAAUCUCUUGUCUGUCUCUGGCAUGUAGGACCUGGCCAUGGGUACAGAUGCUGAGGGGGAGAAGAUCAAGGACCCCAUGAGGGCCAUCGUGCCCAUCCUGCUGGAUGCCAAUGUCACCACCCACGACAAGAUCCGCAUCAUCCUCCUCUACAUCUUCCUCAAGAACGGUGAGAUUGAGAGAUGCUUGACCUUUAACCUUUCACCCUAACCCUAGCUUCAUCCUAGUUCAAACCUAGCCUCAACCACAACCCUAACUCUAACCCUAGGUUAAUGUCCAUAUCCUGCUUAAACCUUAACCCUAGCCUAAACCAAAACCCUAACUCUAACCCUAGCUUAAUGUCUACAUCCUGCUUCAACCUUAACCCUAGCCUCAACCACAACAUUAACCCUAACAGCUGAUCUAGGAUCAGCUUUUCCUGUUUAUUCCUGAAGGUUAAUUUAAACCCUAUGUACAAACGCAAUGCAAGCUGCGCAAAUUGGCAGUAGUUGCGUAUCAAUAUGCAAAUGUGUGCAGCGACGCAAUUUGUAAUUCAUUCAACUAUGCAGGAUCGCCAUUUUGCGUAGCAUACAAAGGGUAUAAAUGAUGGUUUAAUGGUAAGAGCUUAACAACCUGUGGUGUAUUGUUGGGUAGGAAUCACGGAGGAGAACCUGAACAAGCUCAUCCAGCACGCUCAGAUCCCUCCUGAGGACAGUGAGAUCAUCACCAACAUGGCCCACCUGGGCGUGCCCAUCAUCACAGAUGUGAGUCAGCACUUCCACCUUCUGUCUGUCCGGCCUCCUCUUCUGUCCCUCCUGGAGCUGCAGUCAAGGGCACAGAUGCACCGGCACCUUUUCAACACCUACUACACACCAUAUCUCUCUCCUGCCCAUACUCUGUCUCUCUCUCUCUCUCUCUCUUUCUCUCUCUCUCUCUCUCUCUCUCUCUCUCUCUCUCUCUCUCUCUCUCUCUCUCUCUCUCUCUGUCACGCGCUCUCUUCUACAUUCCUACUAUAUUAUUCCUUUCAUUUGGGUUUUAAUUAAACACUUAAACAAUCUGAUGAAUAACGUCUCUCUAUCCCUAUGUUCUUUUUCACCUCAUGUUCCUCCUCCCUCUUCUAGUCCACCCUCCGCAGGGGGAAGAAGCUGGACAGGAAGGAACGUGUGAGUGCGCAGACCUAUCAGCUGUCCCGCUGGACACCACUGGUCAAAGACAUCAUGGAGGUCAGUUACUGGACAUUCACAUAGUCUCUGUGUGUGUGUGUGUGUGUGUGUGUGUGUGUGUGUGUGUGUUUCAGGCCAUCCCAGUUUGUCUUUAGUGUUCUGCCUCUCUCCUUGUCAUCCCUGUAGGAUGUUAUUGAAGAUAAGCUGGACACCAAGCACUACCCCUACAUCUCUACCCGCUCCUCUGCCUCCUUCAGCAGCACUGCAGUCAGGUACACACACACACACACACACACACACACACACACACACACACUGGAAUGUAUUGCAGUAUAGUCACUGGAAUGUAUUGCAGUAUAGUCACUGGAAUGUAUUGCAGUAUAGUCACUGGAAUGUAUUGCAGUAUAGUAGCGCUAUAGAGAUUACAAAGCAUGGAGGGUCAUAGAUCAAUAGUAAUUUGAGCUCUGAGGGGGAAGGGAGAUCAAUACUCUGAUUGGCUGUAGAAGAGAAAAGGGUGGGACUAAGAGCAGUGAAACCAAACAAAUAUUCUGUUACGGAGAAGGGGGCAUUUAAAGAAACAUACAGUACUGCAACAGAGGGCUCUGUUCAAACGUAGUGCACAAAAUAAGGAAUAGGGUGCCAUUUGGGACACACUCCUACCAUAGGGAGAGAGGAAUGGUGGUGGUGCUGACACAUUGACCCCUACAUAUCAAUCAAUCAAUCAAUCAAUUAAUCACAUUUUAUUUAUAAAGCCUUUUUUACAUCAGCAGAUGUCACAAAGUGCUAUACAUAUCCCUCUCCCCUCUAGACCUUCAUUGUGUGCGCAUUGAUUUGACAUCAGAUCUGUGCUGCUGAGAAUGUGAGCCACCUCCAUCACCAUCCACCAUUCAUUCCCCGCUCCAAUGUUAUUGACUUAUUGGGAAAGAAGCUCUGAGAAUCCAAAGGCAGGCUCAGUUACAUGAGCACAUUUCACUACACGCCUCGCACAUCCAUGCCACAGCCAAACACGCUCACACACACUGGUCGCAUUCCAGAACGACUACAUUACAGAUGCUAGACAUCAGAUUGCUAUAUAAUAUAAUGUGGUUUUCUGAUACGUUAAACACCUAUCCAGUUAAAUAAUAAUAAAAACACUUUCCUGAAACAACACUUGCACUUGACUCCCCCCUAGCUAUCUUAAGAUGAAUGCACUAACUGUAAAUCACUCUGGAUAAGAGCAUCUGCUAAAUAACUAAAAUGUAAAUGUAAUCCUGGCACGUGUCUGCAAUGUAUUCAGCCUGGAAUGCGGCGUUGUGUGUUAUUGACUCAGUUGGAGACAGACCCAUAGAAGGACCCUACCUCUGCCCUAUUACCUCUCUUCCUAGUUAGAUAGACACAUUCCUAACUCAGUACAGCGGUGGUGAAAUAGUUCAGUAGAGUAACACUGUGAUAUGCCACCCUUGUGAUUGUGCUUCUCCCUCCCUGGCAGUGCCCGGUAUGGCCACUGGCACAAGAAUAAGACCCCAGGCGAGUACCGCACCGGGCCACGCGUCAUGGUCUUCAUCAUCGGAGGCGUGUCCUUCAGCGAGAUGCGCUCUGCCUACGAGGUCACGCAGGCCAAUGGGAAGUGGGAGGCCAUCAUUGGUGAGUCUGACACCGGGGUGCGCCACUGGGCGCAGGCCGAGGGGGGGAUACGAGGGACUCCCCCGUAGGGAGUGUGACAUUAGAACAGUCGAAAGACAAAAUACACUUAGACUUAGAGUCAUGGACAUAGACUGAUGUUACUGGUACAUUAACACACAUAUUCCUUUAAUUCAUGCAAGAAUGCAGAUUUGUUUCAAAUGGACACAUAGCCCCUCCCUCUGGGCACUUGUCUGUCUGAAAAGUCUGGAUAGGUAGCCACAAUAUGGUAAUAUGUCCACCAUGCCCUCUGAUAGGCUAGGUGGAAUGGCUUAUAUCUACACAAUUAUUUUCAAGAUCUACACAAAGUGCCUAGGGAUGGGGGCUAGGACGUAGAUUGGGAAAUGGGCGUCCUUCACUAACUGAGUGACUCUCGUACACUAGCUACUUCUGUUAUGUCCCCAUUCAUUGUGGUUAGCAUAGCAGAACACGAAUACAUAUGUCAGUGCCAGUGCAACUGUAUUCUGUUCCCACUAUGUUGACCACAAGUGAAUAAAGAAGGACGAAGCAGAGAAGUCAUCUGGAUAAUCUUUCUCUCUUUUGAGAGCCUACCGCACUUGACCGUACUUCAUUAAAACCUUGACUCAUCCACACACCAACAUAGUUGACCUCAAUUCGCUUUCUGACUCCCAUACACCCACACCAUGAAUCCCAGUCAGUAAAGAUUAGUGUGCCUAUUGAAGCAAUCAACACUAAUUUUGUUAGUGCUAGGCUUAGUGCUCCCGAGUGGCGCAGCGGUCUAAGGCACUACAUCUCAGUGCUUGAGGUGUCACUACAGACCCCCUGGUUCGAUUCCAGGCUGUAUCACAACCGGCCGUGAUUGGGAGUCCCAUAGGGCGGCGCACAAUUGGCCCAGCGUCAUUCGGGUUUGGCCGGUGUAGGCCGUCAUUGUAAAUAAGAAUGUGUUCUGUAACUGACUUGCCUAGUUAAAUAAAGGAUAAAUGAAAUAAAGAAGAUCUAGGUACUUAGAUGGAGGAAAACGUGAUGUUUCUGAUGAACACUUAUCUAAGAUACCACCUGUGAUAUUUUUAAACCCCUUUUGGGUGACGUGUUCCCUGUUCAUUGAAUGUUGUCUGUCUAGUCAGCCAGUCCUUGUCUUAAGGGAGGGAGUGUCUCGUCUACUGUUUUUGCUGUGCUAUGCUUUUGCUUUUGGAUUCUUGUUCUGUCUAAAACACUGUUGUCUUUGAAUUGCAGCUACACCCUGUCUUUUUCUGUGUAUCUGGGUUUUAUGUCUGUCUGUGUGUGUGUGUGUGUGUGUGUGUGUGUGUGGGGGGGGGGGGGCGUGUGUGUAUGGACAGUAUGUGGGUGGUGCUGUGCAGUGGCUUGUUUAACCCCUUCUUUUCGAGAUGGCAGAGAAAGUGUCCGAAGAGAGAAAGUGGCAUGGGGGGCGUGGCAUGUGAUGAGAAAUGAGCGUGAAGCGCCCUCUGUUCCUCCACAGGUUCCACCCACACCAUCACCCCCAUCAAAUUCUUAACGGACCUGCAGCACCCUGACUUCCGAGAGUCCACUAGGGUGUCCUUUGAGGAGCCAGACGCAGGCUCAGACGAGUGAGACAGACAGAGAGAGGGAGGGAGGGAGAGAGAAAUCACACUCUGACAAAGUAAAGGCUGCCGCGCAAAGAAGCCCUUUCUGAACCCCCACAGCACAAGGGCUUUUUUCCCCUCCGUACUCCUCUUACUACACUCAGUACUGUUUGAACUCCGCCCCCCUACCCUCAGGGAUGGCUGUCUGGCCCCUGGCUCACUGCAUUUCCCAGUUACCUCAGGCUCCACCACCUGCAGGGCAACACCCAAUCACAGUGUGAUACAGUGUGAUACCGUGUGAUUGGUGACCCCACAGCCAAUAGUGAUUGGCCUUACCAUGCUGCUGACAGAUAGAAUGGGCAUGUGUUGCAGUAUAUGUCUGUUGGGACUUCAGGUAGUGAAGCCUGUGUGAGCUGGCCAUGCUACAGGCGUCCUGACUCCAUCCCUGCUGCCCCUCUCCACCCCCACAUCAUCUCAGCUGGGUGGAUUAAAUCGCCCUCUCUGCCCUCAGGGCCGUCUCAAACCUGUUUCAUACCCCGCCUCCCAGAAUUAAUCAUUUUUUGGCGCAGAUUUAAUCUACCUCCAAGAUCCAUAUUUUUCUACUUUAUUAUUAUGGUCUAAUAUAUUUUUUAUAAUUAACACCUUUCAAGACAAUCACCUUGAUUUAGUGGUUUCUUACCGGAUAGGUCCUUGAGUUGAUGUUGGAUUUCAAGAAAGGAUUCUCAUUUUUUUGUUCUCUUUUUAAUUUUUUCAAUCUUCCAACUUUCUCCCCCUCUCCUCCACCUCACGCUCUCUCAGUCCACCAGACAUCACAUGCAUGCUUACAUGGCCCAGGAGUCAUCUGCAGAGAACACUAAAGUUUGUCCCUACUGCUAUCUCCACUCCCUCGGACACUCUGUUUCUCUGCAGACACUGACACUGGGAAUGUAGCGAUGUUCACUCGAUAUGCUUUAGCACCUAGAAAAGAUGCGACACAUCAUAAAAACCCUUCAGGAUUGCCCCCCUCACUUUCUUUCGCAUACAGCUCCAUAUUCUCCCCCUAGCAACACCAUAUGUUGCCCAUACAGCAUAGUCAACCAAUAGUAGACCAAUAUGGGUUUUGGGACAUAGAGACAGAAAUGUAAAAGCACAUAUCAUAGGAAUGUAUACAGGUCUACUUUUCAAACACCAAUAUUAUCAAUUACCACAUCACUGCCUAAUUUUGGGAUUUUGGCUAAUUAAGUAAGUAAGAUUUUCCCCACAUUGUCAAAGAUUUUUUUGCACACUUUGUUAAAGGGAUAGUGCGAGAUUCUGGCAAUGAAUUAAAAAGCAUCUACUUACCCAGAGUCAAAUGAACUAGUGGAUACCAUUUUUAUGUCUCUGUGUCCAGUAUGAAGGAAGUUAGAGGUAGUUUCGCAAGCCAAUGCUAACUAGUGUUAGCGCAACGACUGGAAGUCAACAGGUACGCUAGCGGUAUCCACCAGUUCAUUUGACUCUGGGUAAGUAGAAAAACGGCUUAAUUGCCAGAAUCUCGCACUAUCCCUUUAAAGCUGUCUCCUAAGUGAGUUUCCCUCAACACAUUAGCAAAGGGCAUCCAUUUCGUUCUUGCUCAUCUGCUAAAGCUAUAUCCUUUUCAAACAACUUUUGGUUUUGGUGUUUUCUUAGUAAAUAUCGAUCACCGUGCAGUAUGGACUCUUUAUCACAUACUGCCACAUUCAACACUUCCAGAACAAAAUGACCAUUGUUUAUUAAAAAAAACUGUUUGUUUCUGUUAUCUGGUAUUUGGAUAUAAUCCUACCCAUGUAGUGAGCGUUGGGGAGCAACAUGGAUCAAAGUGUUGUGUUUCUGGCCAGAGGCCUGCAAAGCUGUGUGUUUCAGACGCUGAGAGACAGGAGAGAACCAGGCAAGGCCAGUCCAAAGUUGAUCUGUGACUAGUGCUCACCCCCACCCCACCUCACACCACCCCACCCCCCCUUACACCCACGAUGUCUGCAUCACCAUGGUGACCCAACUUAAGAUGGACUCGCCUCUUCCUCUCCUGUCUCUGCCUGUGCCUAUUGAUGCUAGGAUAAACCAGUCCUCCUGAUUGGCUGUCAUGCCACAGCUAGAAAUCCCUAACUGACAGGACCAAUUAGAUAUAUUGAGCUUUAAUUGAAUUCUACCUAGCAACAGGUAAGCCAAUGCGUCUUCCUUGGUGAGCCAAUAUGACAGAAACAUGCAACUUUGCUUCAGAAACAAACCGAUGAAGAAUAACAAUACUACUGAUUAAACUGUUGAGUAGGGGUAGGGAGUAAAUCAAAACCUUGGUCCAGCGGUUUGCUUAAUGAAGGCAUUGGUUUGUCCAAGGUGGAGGGUAAGCCAUCGACACACUCAACAACUUAGUGACAAAGUGAUAAACUAGAUGGACAAAGGUUUGGUUGACUCCAAUCCUAUACCUGAGUUAUACUGUGUCCGAAAUGUGUCUUCAGCUAUGAAAAAGUCAGCUCAUUCAUAUUUUGGUGGUGCUGUUAUGUUUAGCUUUCAAUUUCACGUUUUCAUUCACAAGCAAAAUUACUUCCCUGAUGUCAUCCAAUCAGAGAAUGGCUGGACUGAAAUCUGCUUUUCUUUUUUGCAGUGUUUUGACCAGAUUUUUCAUAUUGCUAUUAGACUGAUGUUUGCAUGCACUGUGAUAAAAGCUUCUUAGGUCACAUGCACACGCUUACACCUGAUUCGCUGCACUCUCCUAUAGGUGUGGUCACAGGUUCUACCACCAGUGCUUUGCAGCUCACAGAAUCCUGCAAGCUCUGUGAUGUCAGUACAUCAUUGUCCAAUCACGACCGAUCCAAUUGCAUGUGCAUUUUUGGCAGGCAGUGCAUUACCCCACCAAUCUUCUAGGAUCUCUAAAACGUGUGAAUAGCCAACACAUCGUAUGAUAACCAAUAAUGAUAACCAAUACAUUCUCCAAAUGCUGACUACUGACUAUGAUUUCAAGUUGUUUAGUAGUACAUAUAUGUUUAUCUUAUUUCCAACAUUUCUUUCUCAAGAAUACAGUGCUUUCAUCUAAGCAUUCAUAGCAAGAGCUGAAAACACAUUUUCCUAGCUGGCUUAUGUUUGGGCAGCUCUAAUACAGUGCUCUGUCUAUGUGCUUCCUCUACUGCGUAUCUGUCCUACUCUCUAGGAUCGACCCACGUCUUCACCCCCACCGCCCUCCUGGAACAGCUCAAGACCAUGAACAAACCAGAUGAGGAACCAGCAAGCUAAAAUCACCCAGCCCCAUUUAUCUAUCCUUUCCUCUCCCCUACACAUCCCCCAGUCACCCUCCCAAAAUCCUACAUGAAUUGUAUAAGCAUCUUGCACGAGAAGAUGAAAAAUACAAAACAAUGAUAGCAUUGAUGAAAAAAAUAUAUGUUGAAACAGAAAUAAAAUAAUGUUGCAAGUAUUCUCAUGUUUUACAAUGGAUGCAAAUAAUGGAACUUAUUUAAAAAAGGUUUAAUUAUCAACUAAGGCCAUUUGAAACUGAAAGAACCAAAUGUAAUAUUGUAUGCUAUGAAACCUGCUAGAAUGUGUAAAAUGUAGAGGUUUUCUCUGUUUGUUCCCUCAGUUUAUCUUAUUGGUGUGAAUUUUAUUGGUAGUGGGUGGACGAGGGAUGCCUUACUGGAGUUGGUUGGCACUAGACAGGUCAAUGCAUUAAGAUCAUAUCACUCAACAUGCAAUAUAACUCAUCCCAGUCCUAUUAGGGGGGAGAAUCUUAGCUGGUCAAGACAUUUGUAUCAGUUGCAUACAGGGAUGGAACCUAAGGAUUUUGGGCACUGGCCAGAUGGGCUAGUAGACUGCAAUUUCUACUAGUCCAAAAUCUUUGCCAUGCGAUAUUUGAAAAUACAACAUUUCACUAGCCGGUGGGCUAGUUGGGCACAUUUUCUACUAGACCAGUCUGAAAAGUACUAGCCAGGGGCUAGCGGGCUAGCUUAAUUUCCAUCCCUGGUAGCAUGCCUGAACAUUGUGUGGACUGUUACUGUAUAUUCUUUAGUAUGGCAAUACUGAGACCAAGCAACCCAAGAGAUCAUUUAAUCACAGUGCUGUCUGUGAGUUAGACAGUAACAAACAGCCAAACUGACCCUAGGUCUGAGGAUAGAAAAAAACGGAACUCUGUAAAUAGCUACAGAAUGGUAGAAGCAUCCUUCCUCCAGCCAUAAGACUGGAAGUAUUUACUCGCCACAUCCUUUUCCUUUUCUCUGGAGAGAUUUCACAUUUUAGUGUCAAAAGGCCAUUGCUUGCAGAUGUUUAAAGAAUAAUCAUAAAGGGCCGAUUUGUAUUUCAGUAUUGUAUCCUGUCACGUUGUAAGUCUUAUCAUUGGUUAGUAUCAAAAUGUUUAGCCGGGUCAUGCACUGAGUAGUGUGUUGUGUAUAUGCCAUAUGUUGAUGUUUAGUGUCUCACUGUUGACUGGUGAUGUUUCUGACUGUCAAGUAGUAAAAUAUUUCCUUUAAAAAAUGUCAAUGUGAAGCCACAUGUGUUUGUGAUGUUUUAGCUGUAGCUGUAGUGGUCAACUGGGAAAAUAACUAAUAUCUAUAUUUUGUUUGUCUGUCCGUUAGUUUUAUCUUCUGGUGCAAUGUUAACUCUUCCAAUGGUGAAUGGCUUUGCAAAGAAAAUGUAACCCCAAUAUUUAUAACGUUUUAUUUCUCAUUUUUUCUCUCUCUAUUUCCUGGCAAAACAGGUUGUAAAUUGAUUGCACUAUGCGUUUUCUGUGAUGCAAACACUUUUUAUUUUUUCUAUAAUCAGUUGGUGUUGUAAAGGGUUCUCUGUCUAUUCAAUUAAUUUAUAUCAAAGUUAUUUAUCAGAGAGAAAAAAUAUUAAUAAAUGAAACAUAAGUCUAUCCUAAACCGGUUUAACUUAUUGGGAUUCUAUGUUUGCGAGUGUUGAAGCACAAACAAAAGUAUACUUAAUGUGUACCAAUGUACUAAGGCUGUCUAAUAAAUUGGCUUCCAUUACAAGGACAAAAGACUCAGCACAUUCUUAGCUACAUUGUAAGAUACCGUAGCAAUUAUGCUAUUCUUCACUGUGGUGUAUCUGUGCUGUAUCUGUGAGUUGACACUCAUUUCAGGCUCAUAGUUCACAUUUUUUCAGUUAAGACCCUGCAGAAUAUCUCUGGCCCUGUACAUACUCAGGUUGUAUAACUGAUGUACAAUACAUUUUACACGUUGGUUGUGAUACAAAUUAUAUUUUUGUGAUACAACAGAGUUGUGCGGUGUCUCCACAACACUUGUGUAAUUAUUUUUGUACAGAGAAAGUCUGCGUUGUAUCAAAAGGGUUGUGUCAAAUGCAUUAUACAUCAGUUAUACAACUUCAGUGUGUACGGGUCUCUGACAGUAUGACACCCAGGUGACUCAUCCAUACUUGCAGUGAGGGAAAAAAGUAUUUGAUCCCCUGCUGAUUUUGUACGUUUGCCCACUGACAAAGAAAUUAUCAGUUUAUAAUUUUAAUGGUAGGUUUAUUUGAACAGUGAGAGACAGAAUAACAUAAAGAAAAUCCAGAAAAACGCAUGUUAAAAAUGUUAGAAAUUGAUUUGCAUUUUAAUGAGGGAAAUAAGUAUUUGACCCCCUCUCAAUCAGAAAGAUUUCUGGCUCCCAGGUGUCUUUUAUACAGGUAACGAGCUGAGAUUAGGAGCACACUCUUAAAGGGAGUGCUCCUAAUCUCAGUUUGUUACCUGUAUAAAAUACACCUGUCCACAGAAGCAAUCAAUCAAUCAGAUUCCAAACUCUCCACCAUGGCCAAGACCAAAGAGCUCUCCAAGGAUGUCAGGGACAAGUUGUAGACCUACACAAUGGGCUACAAGACCAUCGCCAAGCAGCUUGGUGAGAAGGUGACAACAGUUGGUGCGAUUAUUCGCAAAUGGAAGAAACACAAAAGACUGUCAAUCUCCCUCUGCCUGGGGCUCCAUGCAAGAUCUCACCUUGUGGAGUUGCAAUGACCAUGAGAACAGUGAGGAAUCAGCCCAGAACUACCCGGGAGGAUCUUGUCAAUGAUCUCAAGGCAGCUGGGACUAUAGUCACCAAGAAAACAAUUGGUAACACACUACGCCGUGAAGGACUGAAAUCCUGCAGCGCCCGCAAGGUCCCCCUGCUCAAGAAAGCACAUAUACAGGGCCGUCUGAAGUUUGCCAAUGAACAUCUGAAUGAUUCAAAAAAUUCAGAGGAGAACUGGGUGAAAGUGUUGUGGUCAGAUGGGACCAAAAUCGAGCUCUUUGGCAUCAACUCAACUCGCCGUGUUUGGAGGAGGAGGAAUGCUGCCUAUGACCCCAAGAACACCAUCCCCACCGUCAAACAUGGAGGUGGAAACAUUAUGCUUUGGGGGACGAUGGACGGGGCCAUGUACCGUCAAAUCUUGGGUGAUAACCUCCUUCCCUCAGCCAGUGCAUUGAAAAUGGGUCGUUGAUGGGUAUUCCAGCAUGACAAUGACCCAAAACACACGGCCAAGGCAACAAAGGAGUGGCUCAAGAAGAAGCACAUUAAGGUCCUGGAGUGGCCUAGCCAGUCUCCAGACCUUAAUCCCAUAGAAAAUCUGUGGAGGGAGCUGAAGGUUCGAGUUGCCAAACGUCAGCCUAUAAAACCUUAAUGACUUGGAGAAGAUCUGCAAAGAGGAGUGGAACAAAAUCCCUCCUGAGAUGUGUGCAAACCUGGUGGCCAACUACAAGAAAUGUCUGACCUCUGUGAUUGCCAACAAGGGUUUUGCCACCAAGUACUAAGUCAUGUUUUGCAGAGGGGUCCAAUAUUUAUUUCCCUCAUUAAAAUGCAAAUCAAUUUAUAACAUUUUUGACAUGCGUUUUUCUGGAUUUUUUGUUGUUAUUCUGUCUCUCACUGUUCAAAUAAACCUACCAUUAAAAUUAUAGACUGAUCAUGUCUUUGUCAUUGGGCAAACAUACAAAAUCAGCAGGGAUCAAAUACUUUUUUUCCCUCACUGUAACAAGCUGGUUAUAAGCGAUAUCAGCCUUACUUAAUAACAACUAUUAGUCAGCCUUACUUAAUAACAACUAUUAGUACAACUUUGGAAACCAUUAGAGACAGGUGCAUAAUGUACUCAGUAUUACCAGAGAAAUAUAGAAAACUGUUUCAAGAAUGUGACACUAUAAAGAUCAUCUGUUUCAACAUCAACAUUUAUUUGGCUUCAAAGAGGAAAUAAAAAUGUUGGUAAAAAAAUAAUGUAAUAAUCAAUCACAGUACAAAAGUACAAAAGAUAUCAGGAUCUAGAUUUUUCCAAAUCUGCAUUUCUGAAAUCCUAGAAAUGUGUAUUUCUGAAAUCGUAUUUUUGUCUUAAACACAAACUCUAUUAAGACCAUCUAUACAUUUGUUUUGCUUAUUUUUCUGAAAAAAUAUUUUCCUGAUGGGUACAAGUUAACUACACUAUGAUAACACUGACACCAGUUAUUAACCUUAUUAACUAAUUAUUACACACAAUACACAACUGAUCAAGAACAAAAUACAAAACAAACAAUUUAGAAUUAAUAGAUUAGGGUAAUACAACUAAGAAAUCAAUGUGUGAAUAGUUAAUCUCCUCAUCUGAAGAUCCAUAGCAGCAAUUUAUUU